AAAUGAAGAAAUGGCUUAAAGACUAACAGUUUUCAUUUAAUUUAACCUUAACCAAAGAUUUUAAAUGAAUUUGGAGCAAUAACAUUAAGUUAGUCUAUUGAUUGUGUGAACCUGUUAUUUAAUUUUAUUUAAAAUUGAAGUUGAAUUACGUGAUAUUAAGUCGUUAAGGGAUGCUCAACACUGUAUUAAGAAUUCUUAAAUCAAGAUGAAAAUCCAGGUUCGAUUAGCUACGCAACGUGUGGACCCCUCUGUAGCUAUAAAUUACCGAUCACCCAAAAUAUUUACGCCAGGCGAAGUGAUAACAGUCCAGGAUGAAUUUAUGAGGGGGCAUGGUACUUAUGAAGAAGAUGGUUACUUAAAGUCUUCUGUAGCAGGUGUUAAACAGCAAGUAAAUAAACUGAUAUCCGUUCGUCCUCUGAAAAGUCGAUAUAAUGGUGAAAUUGGCGAUGUAGUUGUAGGUCGUAUUACAGAAGUUCAACAAAAAAGAUGGAAAGUUGAUACAAACUCACGAUUAGAUUCUGUUCUUCUGCUUUCUUCUGUUAAUUUACCAGGAGGAGAACUGAGAAGAAGGUGUGCAGAAGAUGAACAUAUGAUGAGAGAAUAUCUUCAAGAAGGUGAUCUUAUAAGUGCAGAAGUUCAAAAUGUGCAUUCUGAUGGUUCCCUUUCUUUACAUACAAGAAGCUUAAAAUAUGGAAAGCUAUCACAAGGUGUUUUAGUGAAAGUAUUUCCAUCUCUAAUAAAAAGAAGCAAAACUCAUUUUCAUAAUCUACCUGUAGGUAUUAGUAUUAUCUUAGGUAAUAAUGGCUUCAUUUGGAUAUGUCCCCCAAUAAAUAAUGAGGAAGAUAAUGUUGGUGGUUUUGUACAAAAUUUGGAAGAGGUUAUUCCUCGUACAGAAAGGGAAACAAUAGGAAGAUUAAGAAAUUGUAUUUUAGCUUUGGCUCAAAGCAAAAUGCUGCUGUAUGAUACAAGCAUUUUAUAUGCAUUUGAGGAGUCUUUGAAAUACUCGGUUUCUGAACUUCUUAUUCCUGAGUCAAUGGUUGAUGUUGCCAUGUCCACACAACAUAGAAUAAAUAUGUUAGAGAAUGAUUAAGAACAUGCUUUUUUGUAUUUCUUCUGUUGCAGUUAAUAAAAACACU